UAGAAAGCUCUCUCUCGAUCGCUACAAGCUAAAUUUAAACCCCCUACUCCCCUAGCGUCACACGCACCGCUCGAUCUUUUUCUCUCGAUUUCUCUCCCCCUUCUCCGGCUCGAUCGAUCUCCCUAGUCGUCGUCGGCCGGCCAGCGCCAUGGCUACCGCCGCCUCGUGCCUCUCGGUGUUCGCUGGCGCCGCCGCGACGACGGUGGCCGCAAGCAGCCGGCUGAUGUCGCGGCGGGCGGUCGCCUGUGCUGGCUACGCGGGGAUGGAUGAUGGUGGUGGCGGCGAGGGGAUGAUGAUCAUGGCGCGACGACGCCGCCUGGUUGUGCCGGGGAUCAUCGCUACGGCCGGCGGCGGCGUGAGGCUUCGACCGGCUACCAAGGGUGCGUAUACAUGCGCACGUGCACAGCGUGCAAGAGGACCAUCACUUGCCACUGAUCAGUCAUUAGAUAUUGAAAGGGCUAAUGUCCAUGUGGCGUAUCAGGGCUCACCUGGUACGGCCAUUGAGGAGAUGGUGUUUAAGGCCUUCCCAGACUGUAUAGCCGUUCCCUGCAAAAAGUUUGUGGCUGCAUUUGAGGCGGUUGACUCUUCACUUGCUGACAUAGUUGUUCUUCCUAUUGAAAAUUCAUCCACUGGAAGCUUUCACCAGAACUAUGACUUACUUCUUCGACAUAAGUUGCAUAUUGUGCAAGAAGUUCAAGUGGAGAUAGAGCUGUGUCUCUGGGCUCUUCCAGGAGUGCAGAAGAAUGAUUUGAGAACGAUUUUCAGCCAUCCAGAGGAAUUUGCUCAGUGCGAGCAUUCACUCUCUAGUCUUAGGGUUAUAAAGAAAAAUGUCGACCACUGUGCUGCUGGUGCCGAGAUUAUAUCCAUGCAAAAUUUAGGAGAUGCUGGAGUUAUAGGCAAUGCUCAAGCGGCGGAAUUGUAUGGGCUUAACAUAGUAGAAUGCAACUUUCAGGAUGCUUCACCCAAUCUCACAAGAUACUUGGUAUUGGCCAAAACUGCUGACAUCCCCAAGGAAUAUGGCCAAUAUAAGACAAGCAUCGUUUUCGGUCUUGAAGAAGGGCCUGGCAUACUUUUCAAGGCCUUGAGUGCAUUUUGGAUGAGGGAUAUAAAUUUGUCAAAGAUUGAGAGCAGACCAAAUAAGCGCGAACCAAUGAGGACUCAAGGAAAUGAAAAGCACUUCAAUUACAUUUUCUAUGUUGAUUUUGAAGCAUCAACAGCCGAAGUACGUGUGCAAAAUGCUUUGAAUGAUCUGAAGGUGCAGCAAAGGGCUACUUUCCUGCGUGUCCUUGGCUGCUAUCAAAUGAGAGAAGUAGGAUUGACUGCACCAAUUUGUCAACUCUCGGUUUCUUCAACCUGAAGAACUCUUAAGUAUGAAAGCAAUACUCUAAUUUCUACUCAUCAAGAGAGAGCGUAAAUUUUGGGCAUGUGCCGUGUGAGAAUUAAUCUCGUGUAUUAGUUCAGAGUAAAUCAUGAGACUUGGAGCUUUCUCAGGAAAUCAAAAGCUAUCUCUGGUUGUUACAAUUGUGCCAUUUCGCCAUGCCCAUUUGUCUUUUUCAUCAAAUGUUCAUAUGAUUACCCUUCACAUUUUGUUUUGGAUGGUCAAAUUCAAAUCUAGGUAGAUGAAAUGGAGCCAACCUUUUCCAGAAAUUUAAGUAACAAUCGACAUAUUAAUACCACUGCAUAACAGCAGUGGAAAUCAUCCAAUUUGCAGUCAAGGCUCACAGUUCACAAAUUCCUACCAAAACCCUCAUUUCAGACUCG